CUUUGGACACCCCUGCUCUAAUGUGUUGUGUUGUUGUUCAUUUAAAUCCAAUAAUUAAAAGAGACAGGAAGUGAAAUGAUCAUCACGACGUCUGCUUGUGUGAAUUAAGUGUGAAUAAACGACAUCUCAUUAACACGCACCCUGCUGCUGCUGUUCUGUUUCCUGCCGAAAAAGAUGCUCUGAUUGUUUCCUGACUCUGUGGGUGAUCCUGAACGCAACAUGUCUGUAACAAGUUAUUUAUGUUUGUAGAUUAAAUAGUGAGUAAUGUUGCUGUGUGACCACUAGAGGGCUCCAGAGGACGUCAUGAUGAAGCCAGAUUAAUGAGGUCUUUAUUUACUUUUUAAGCUUCAGAGGUGAUCUCUGAUUCUUUAUUUUAAUGUUGACAUGUUCACUUAUUCCUCCCAAUCUUACUGUAGAUCAUUUUAUGUAAAAACAUGGUACAUGUAUCCAGGGGCGUGUCCAAACUUUUUAAACUGGUGUGGCCUCCCAGGUUUGUGACUCAUGAGGAGAGCCGGAUGUUCUGGCUCUGCUGAUGAUUUGUUAUGUUGCGAUGCAUAACUGGUUUUGACUUUAUUCUACCUGCUCAGGUGAGACAAAGACGAUGAUCAAUAUGGAGUCCAUCCCGGAUCUGAUCAAGAAGAAGAGAGACGGAAAGGAGCUGUGUGACCAGGAAAUCAAAACUUUCAUCCAGGCCGUGACGAACAAAACCAUUCAGGAAUGUCAGAUCGGGGCCAUGCUGAUGGCAAUCUGGCAGAAGGGGAUGGUCAACACGGAGACCACGACUCUGACCCGAGAGAUGAUGUCAUCGGGGGAGGUGAUGUCAUGGCCAAAGGAGUGGGAGGGGUGUGUAGUUGAUAAACACUCAACAGGAGGGGUGGGAGAUAAAGUCAGUCUGGUGUUAGCGCCGGCGCUAGCUGCCUGUGGAUGCAAGGUGCCUAUGAUCAGUGGGCGGGGCUUAGCUCAUACAGGAGGAACUCUGGAUAAACUGGAAUCAAUCCCGGGAUACAACAUCCACCAAUCAGCGAUAAAGAUUCGGGAGAUCCUGGAAUCGGUGGGCUGUUGCAUUGUGGGUCAGACGGAGAUGUUGGUUCCUGCAGAUCGAGUCCUGUAUGCCCUGCGGGACGCCACCAGCACUGUGGACAGUUUACCCCUGAUUACUGGAUCCAUCAUCUCAAAGAAAGGUGCCGAGUCUCUGUCCGCUCUGGUUCUGGAUGUGAAGUUUGGUCGAGCCGCUCUCUAUAAAGACCUGCAGAGCGCUAAAGAAUUAGCCCAGUCUCUCGUGAAUGCAGGAAAUGGCCUGGGCAUGCGUACACAACACAACAUUCAAACUAAGCCCCGCCUCCUGGGCUCAUCACCACCAGAAGCCACGCCCACUGCAUGCACGCCAAGUUUGGUCAAUUUUGGGGGCGUGUUAUACGUCAUUUGGACAAAUUCAUUAAUCUCUCCGCUUCCUCCUGCAGGUGUUGCCGUGGACUUCGACGGUUUGGUGUUCGCUGAAAUUCUUCACAAAUUGGGGGCGGGGCGAUCAAAGGCCGGAGAACCUGUCAAUCACAGCGUGGGGGCAGAGCUACUGGUGUCACUCGGUCAGAGGGUUGUGAAAGGCGAGCCCUGGCUGCGGCUACACUACGAGGAUCCCGCUCCGACUACAGACCAGAUCAGUCGACUGCAGAGCGCGCUCACUGUGGGGAAAUACGACGACGCACAAACACAACACAAAACGUCAUUAGUGAAGGAACUAAUGCUAAACUGAAUAUCCAGACUCCCUUCAUGUUUGAAUCUUUAAAAUUUUAAUCAAGUAAGAAAUGUUAUGAUUAACAAUUUUAACGGCAGAUUUUAACACAACAAAAGCCCAAAAAUAAUAAAUGUGAAGCUGCAAAACUACAGUUUAAAAGUAUCCUCUAAUGCAGUGGUAUCCAAACAUUUUUUCUUGCGGGCCAAAAUUGUCGUGUUAGAAUCGCUGGCG